GUCGGCGUUGCCGGGGCAGCGGCAGAGGCCGGUGAGUGAAGGAGGCGGCGGCGGCGAGGCGGCGGGGCCCCGCUGGCGGGCAUGGUUUCCAUGGUGACCCGGUUAGGAACUGCCGCCUAUGCUGUCUCAUGGCCAGGGGUAGCGUCCAGGUGACGGAGCAGAUUGGACAAGGCGGCCUGACACCUGGGCCUAGCCAGGUCCUGGCUGCCCCCCACGGCUCCCGCUAUGGCCAGUGACCCAGUGCCGGCCCUGCUCUGGGCCCAGGAAGUGGGCCAGAUGGUGGUGGGUCGAGCCCGCAAGCUCCUGCUUCGGUUUGGAGUGGCAUUCUGCACCAUCCUCCUCCUCCUCUGGGUGUCCGUCUUCCUUUAUGCCUCCUUCUACUAUUCCUACAUGCCGACAGUCAGCCACCUCAGCCCAGUCCAUGUUUCCUACAGGACAGACUGCGGUUCUGCUGGACCUGUUCUCUGCUCCUUUCCUGUGGCCAACGUCUCCCUGGUUAAAGGUGGACGUGAUCGGGUGCUGAUGUACGGACAACCCUACCGAAUUUCUCUGGAGUUGGAGAUGCCCGAGUCCCCGGUGAACCAGGAAUUGGGCAUGUUCAUGGUCACCAUUGCUUGCUACACCCGAGGAGGCCGAGUCAUUUCCUCUUCUGCCCGUUCUGCCAUGUUGCACUAUCGCUCAACCCUGCUGCGACUGCUGGACACGCUUGUCUUCUCCGGCCUCUUCUUAUCGGGCUUCGCCGAGCAAAAGCAGCUCCUCGAGGUGGAAUUGUAUUCAGACUACAGGGAGGACUCGUACAUGCCCACCACCGGCGCAGUGAUUGAGAUCCACAGCACCCGCAUUCAGCUCUAUGGGGCUCAGCUGCGGAUCCACGCCCAUUUCACAGGGCUCAGGUAUCUGCUGUACAAUUUCCCCGUCACCUCCGCCGUCAUCGGCAUCGCCAGCAACUUUACCUUCCUCAGCGUCAUUGUGCUCUUCAGCUACUUGCAGUGGGUGUGGGGCGGCAUCUGGCCCAGGCACCGCCUCACCUUGCAGGGGCCCGGUCGAGAUAAGGACAGCACGCAAUCAGAAGGCCAGAGAAGGGUCGCUUCCAGGCGGCCAGGGCUGGGGCCCAGAAGCCGAGCAGAGCUAACCAGGCUUCCCGAGAAAUCUCAGGAUGAUGGGGACCACGCAGCUCCCCUUGGGCCAGGGAGUCAGCUGCCAGAAGAGAAAGGGCCAGAACUGCAGCCGCUUAAUGAGGAGGGCCUGGAUCAGGAGACCAGUGACGGUUCUGGCUCCUGGGAGGAUGCGGCCCUGCUGACGGAAGCCAACCUGCCCUCCCCCUGCCCGGAAACCCUGGGCAGCGCAGACCCUGCAGGCAGCGCCGAGAGCCCGUCAGGCACCCCCCGCCUCCGCUCAGCCUGCUCUAGUUCUUGAGGGUGGGGGCCCUGGUCCUCAGAUGUCCAGCACUUUUCCUUUGCUCUCCAUCCUUAAUGCUUUUCCCCACAAUAAACUUUUUUCACACCA